UCUUUUUCUUUAUAUAACAAUAAGCAAUAAGAGAAACAAGCCGUCUAAACGUCCUCAAAACUCAGCAUUAACCGACUCACUUUCCCAUCGGCUCCGCCGACUUCUCUCUUUUUCUCCCUCGACUCCUCCGGCUCCGAUCGGCUCCAUCUCGGCUUGGGAACCCCUCUCUUUGCCCUAGCCAAUCUUCGAUCCAAUUCUCGCGCCGCCGUUUUCAAUCCGUCGCUUUCCGCCGCCGUCCUCCGCCGCCGGAGAUAUCAUCGCUGCUUCGCUCGGUGUUGAAAGGAUAAUUGCUGAUUAGUGAAGCAUUUAUGCGCAAAAGCUUCUAGCGAUUUGGCUAUAAAUUUGUUUAUUCAGAAACAGGAACAAAGAUCAUGAUGGACGUGUCACUCCUACCAAAUGUAGAUUCUAUAGAAUUUGGAAUAGGAUCCUCAGAGAAAGGGAAUACUCUCACCACAGGAAAACCGAGAAAAAAGUCUAUGACAUCAUUAUAUCUUAAAUUCUUUGAAACAGCACCUGAUGGAAAGAGUCGGAGAUGCAAAUUUUGCAAGCAAAGCUAUGCUAUGUCUACUGCAACUGGAAACCUUGGAAGACAUCUCAAUCACCAUCAUCCAGGUUAUGAUUGGCAAAGUGACACUAGUGAACAGGUUGCGGGGGCUAUUGUGCCAUUCAAGAAGCCUCCUACUCAGGUAAAACCUGCUACAGUAGAUUUUGAUCAUCUCAACUGGCUACUGCUCAAGUGGCUCAUUGAGGCAUCUCUUCCUCCUUCAUCCUUGGAUGAAAUGUUAAAUAGAUCAUUCAAGUUUCUCAAUCCAUUGGUCAAGUUUUGGCCUAAAGAGAAAGUUCAAGCUGUUAUCCUUGAAGUUUUCAGAAGUAUGCGGGAGGAUAUUAAGGCAUCACUGGAACAAAUUAAUUCGAAGGUCUCCAUCACCCUUGACUUUUGGACCUCCUGUGAGCAAUUGUAUUAUAUGUGUGUCAAAUGCCAUUGGAUUGAUGAGAACUGGUAUCCUCAUAAGGUUCUUCUUGAUGUAUGUCACAUCCCUUAUCCAUUCACCGGCUCAGAGAUCUUCCAAGUCUUAAUUAAGGUCCUUAAGAUGUACAAUAUUGAUAACCGCGUCCUUUCCUGCACUCAUGAUAACAGUCAACAUGCAGUUCAUGCUUGCCGUAUGUUAUCAGAAGAGUUGGAUGCUCAGAAGGCACCUUUCUGCUAUAUUCCCUGUGCUGCACGUACCCUGAAUCUGAUCAUAGAAGAUGGCUUGAGAACUCCAAAACCUAUACUGUCUAAAAUACGGGAAUUUGUGAUUCAGCUGAAUUCAUCUGCUGAAAUUGCUCAAGAUUUUAAGCAAAUCGCUAUAACGUAUCAGGAAGGUUUAUGGAAGUUACCACUGGAUACUUCAGCAAGUUGGAGUGGUGACUACACUAUGCUAGACAUUGUACGCAAGGCCUCUAAUUCCAUGGAUACUGCCAUCAGAAAGCAUGAAGAAACAUUUGGAAGUAGGCAUCUGCUUAGCUCCACAGAGAAAUCUGUAAUUAACCUCUUGCAUUCAUAUUUUGAGCCGUUUUAUAAGAUCACGACCAACCUAUGUGCCAGUAAAGUGCAAAGUAUUGGUCUGGUGCUUUUCUUUAUGGACCAUGUCUUCGAGGUAAUUGGUGCUUGCAGGGACAGUUGUCGUAAUGAAUGGCUCAAGAGUGCAGCUGAUGACAUGGCAACAAGAACUAGAAGCUUCAACAACCAUGCCUAUAAUUCUUUCACUUUCAUGGCUGCAGUUCUUGAUCCAAGGAUCAAGAGAGAGCUUAUUCCUGAAAGUCUCAACUCAGAGAAGAAUUUAGAGGAAGCUAGGGACCAUUUCUCCAGGCAUUAUUCACCAAAUCAAUUUCCGUGCAUCACAAAUACUUACACUGGUCGGGAUACUGAAGAAGUUGGUGUUUCCUUUGCUGAAGAGAUUGCACGAAAGCGUAGGCGUGCAAGCAUGAUUGCUGCUACAGAUGAGCUGACCCAGUAUUUAACAGAGCCUCUUGUGCCAAUUGCCUCUGAUGUUUUAGAUUGGUGGAGGGUGAAUGCCACUCGUUACCCCCGGCUUUCUGUGAUGGCUCGUGACUACUUGGCUGUGCAGGGGACUUCAGUUGAGCCAGAGGAGUUAUUUUCUAGCAAAGGCGAUGACAUCAGAAAGCAACAAUUCAGUUUGCCUCACAUGAGCAUGCAACCGCUCAUGUGCAUUAAAUCAUGGUUGCAUUGUGGAUACAAGUUCAAGUACCGGGGUUCUCUCAUUGACUUUGACAAAUUGACAGAAGCUAGUGUCAGUGCCAAUGAAAUUGCUGGUACCAUUGUUGAGAAGAAACAGAAAUGAAAGCGAAGAUGAUAAUGUACAGGAUUGCGGUAUUUCACCAAUUGAUCCAAUGCUACAUUUAUUGGUUUGUAAAGGUAAUGCAAUCAUCCUUCUUCGGGCUGUACCGAUUUUUCUCAUUCGUAAAGAUGGAUCUGGCAUCAUGAUCACACAAUUUUUCAUGUAUCCAAUGACAGAAAAGAGAAUGAUGACCUUAUCACAAAUAGACUAGAUUGCAAAGGUAAUGCAAUUUGAUGGGGCACUUUUCUUGAACUAUAAAGCUGUGUAUGAAGUUUCCCAUGCGGAUGUUUAUUUGUGGAAGUAAAAGAGGGUAGAAGGAGCAUUUUUGUACUUCAAAAUGUUUUUCUUCUGUGUAGGUGGUUAUCCAAGCAAAGAACUUGCAAUUAGGGUUACGUCUACUGUUGUAUUUUCACUUCAAAAGAAAUUGAAAUUUGUAGUGUAGUACCAGACUAGCUGUACAUGUUUAUUGUCAUAAAAGGGUUCGGUAUGGAGCUUCUGCCCAUAAUUA